GACAAAGACUACUGAAACGCAGCAACGAGAUAUGAUCGAUGAACAACUAGGCGUUGUUAUGCUGUUAUAAUUAUGUCGAGGUUAUCUAAUUGGUUUGAUCAUCACUGCCAAAUUAUGGUGACCGUCAAAUAAUGCUUUUACUACCUUGCUGGUACUAGCUGAUCAGUGAUACAAUGUAUAGCGCACUGACGUCGAGGUGUGUAUCGAUGUCAACUCACAACCAGGAAGUAGAAUAGUGACACGGUAAAACCGACUGUAGGUAACAAGCUGCUUGUGACUACUGUUUGUUAAAACAGUCGAAUCAUCGUUAGAACACGAGGGAACAAACUAACUAUCAACCAUCAAAAAGUGGUGUAGUACUUCAACCAUGACGACCGGGCGUUGUUGAGGACUACGAUGACAUCGUCCAGCGGUAUGGACGCCAACAUCAUCCCUGAGCCUUAUACCGGGCUAGGGGCGCAACAGCUGCUUCAGCAUCACCCGCCGCGUCACACAGGCUUUCUGAGGAAGAGAGGAAAGCGGGAACGAAUGCUGGAGAGCUUCCGCCUGACCAGGUCGUUGCUUGGGAGAGUUCUCCGAUGGCGUCAGAGAUUUGUCGUGAUAUCCCAGGGUUGUAUAUAUUGCUACGUCAGCGAAACAGCCACGAAGCCUCUACAGGCGUUCUCACUGAUAGGGUACAACAGGUUAUUGUCAAUGGAUGAAGAGCCUACCAAUCGCUGGACAUUCAGCAUUACCUCCCCUGACCCCACAGCAAAGAUUCAUUUCUUCGCAUGCGUCAGCGAUGUGGAUCGAAUGACAUGGAUGAGGGCAAUCCGGGAGGAGAUGGUGCAAGCCAACAACAUCAAGGAUGACUGUUUCAGUGCAGGGUCCCUGGCGUCCAACAGCUCCUCCAAAGAUGUGUACGUCAUCCUCCAGAAGCCGAUAUUUGAACCGCCGGAGAGUGACAGUGAAGAAGAUUCAGAGGAAGACGACGAAGCGGAGGAUGACUCCGACUAUGACCAGAUUAACGACUUGGAUUUGGAUAAAGCAAGACGGCCCCGGAUUCCUCUUCCCCCAACCCCCGAUGACCCAGGGUAUAAGGCCCCCACAACAGAAGUCCAGAAAGCUCCGGCGAAACUGCCGCCACCAAAGCCACAUAAGGCAAAUUCGGAGAAGCAUACGUAUAUCAACUCACCCAAAGGUCCAAAGACUAACAGUCUUCCGGCUCAUGCGACUUCCUCUGCGGCCAAAUCAGCUGUCCCGAAGCCGAACCCGAAGCCGAACCCGAACCCGAAGCCGAACCCGAAGCCGGUGCCUAAAUCCGCGGCGAUACCAGCACAACAACCGCCUAAACCAACACUGAAGGUUAAACCAGAAUCUGCCCCCGUGCCAGACGAAAAGGAGUACUUCUUCCCUGAAAAUAACAGAGACAAAGCACUGUCUAUUUUACGUGAGCAGAAAGACCAAGGGACGUAUCUUGUGCGGAUGUCUCGUUCAAAUGACCAGAAGGUGCUCUCUGUGAUGACAGAAAAUGACGUCAUUAAGGAAUAUAAAAUAAUGCAAAAGGAGAAAAAGGUCACCAUCAACAACCGCGACUUCUACAAGUCUGUGGGGGAUCUUCUCGUUGCCUACAAAGGGAAGCCCUUACCGAACAGAACCACAAGUUUAGGGCGAGCCUAUAGCUCCACGGACCUCCGGAUAUGAAGGAUCUCCUUGGCUGGACGGAUAUUGGUCACAUGCCAUGGUUACAGCUUAAUAGACAUUUAUUUGCUUUACGACAAGGAAGACGUGGGUUGUUGUAACGCGUCUACGGGGUCGACUGCAAUUGUUUGCUUCAGGAAACAUGGUUCUCUCCCUUCCUGGGAGAGGUUGUCUCCCCUCCUGGGAGGUACAACCUAACUGUGGUCUUGAGUAGUGUAUGCAACAUAAACAUCUAACCAAUGUAUGUUACCAAUUGUCUCAUGGAAAGACGACGCUCCAGACUGUCAACAAAACCUGUUCUAUUGCUUUAAGAGCCUUGAUGACAAUCUUGUGCGACACAGGGAGACCUAUUCGCUGCAAUGUACGGUGUUUGCGGCUGGAGACAGAGUUGCUCCCCUUGUUCUUAGGGGCGAUCCACGUGACCAACUCGUGCCAUUCCGGGACUAUCCGAAUACAGACACGUACCCUUCAGGGGGUUUUCAUAUUGGCAAGAUUUGACACCACCAGCAUCUGUCUGUAACAUACAAGAAGGCCUACUCUCGAUGGUAACCAGUCCAAUCAGAAUAAACUUCUGGAUAUUGGUACUUCGAUCAACAUAAUUUCGAUGUUUAAAUUCAUGUUUGUAAUGGAGGUGUGUUUAGAAAACAUGCUGUAAAAGGUUGAUUGCCAAUACCACCCGCAAUGUGAAUGUUGUAUCAUUGUAUAUAUAAUUUUGUUAUAAUAAUAUAAAUUGAUGGUUUUCCUUGUAGGACCAUGUAGGAUGAUAGAAUCAUAUGUUCAAUUGGGUUUGUUUAUAUUCAGGAAACGACUGUCUUCACUGCGAUAUCCUUUCAUUUGGUACCUAACUGAACUUUCGAAAACUGUCAUCAGUUUUAUAUCCUAUUGAUGAUAUGCAAAGAGUCGAAAAUGUAUGAAAGUAAUUACCUAAUUCGCAAUGUCAAAACACGUAAUGUGCGUACAUAUGGACACGUUCAUUAUAUGAUAACUUGAUGCAGACUUAAUAACAGAUAUUUGAAUAUUUGUUUGUAAAAGUCCCAGAAAGCUAGAGCUUCAUAAAAGACAAACGUAAGUUAGUUGGAUAAAUAUUCAGAUAUGCUGAAAUAUUAGCAUUCAGAGAGUGGAUAUGUAACUUUUAAAUAAAGCGAUACCUGAAUUUUCGGAAGUCACUCACACUUUUGAAAAUACUUGUGGAUCAUAUCAAAUUGCACAAAGUGUAUGCCAGUUGAUAUCAAUGGAUACACGUUUUAUUUGAAGACCAAAGUAAUGUCUGAGAAAGUUAUGCAUGUAGACAGUAUUAUAUAAAAACAGAAGCUCUCAUUUUAUCAUUUCAUUGAGCAUUGAAUGGAACACCCUACAUGAUCCAACAAGUAACAACGUCAGUUUUAGCGACAUUGCUGAGUGGAACUAGCAAUCUUCUUUUUUAGAGAAAAAGGAAAUGCACUAACUCAUUUUAUCGAAACUGAUUAAAGUAAACAGGAUUGUAUCGAUCAAAGUAUUUAUGAUUGGCUUGGCAGCCACUGAGAAAA